AUAUAAAACUUUAAGUUACUAUUGAGAAAAAUAUUUGCUAAUGUUGUAAUUCUAAUAAUAUAAUUAUAAUACUAAGUGAUAUCUAAAAUCUCUAAAACAAACCUUAAUAAGUUAUGUACUAUUUAUAACAAAAGAAUUAUGUUUUAAUUAAUGCAGGUGUAAUUACCUGCAUAAAGAUAUAAUAACCUCAAAUAAACAAAUCAUCAAAACUAUGUAGAUCUAAUUAUGGAUACUUCAAAGGAUACAUUAAUAUGUCGUUUAUGUGGUGUAGAUCUUGUAGAAGGAAAGCAUAAGAGUAUCUUUGAAGGAUCAACGGAUUUAGUACAUAAAAUAAAGGAAACAUUGCCAAUUUCAAUAUCUAUUGAUGAUAAUGGUUCAAAAUAUGUAUGUUUGUCAUGUUAUGACAAAAUUACUUUCUACUACAAAUUUAUUCAAGAAGUACUGGAAUAUUCUAAAAGAUUAGAAAAUGCAUCACAAAUAGAAUCCUUCUUUGAUCUAUCUAAAGAAGUAACAGACUUCUCACAAAUUCAUAGUGAUGCUAUAUAUACAUGUCCAAAUUGUAAUGUAGAUUUAAUGAUUUUAUUAGUUAAUAAUCCUCAAGGCUGUGAUUAUACCUUCCAAAUCUCAUUAGCUAUGGUAAAUCAUUCUGAAAAAAAACAUAUAAAGAAAAAGAAUAUACAAAUACAUAAAAAUGUAGUACAUCUGAAUAAUAUUAAAAAUAAUGUACAUUUGAAACAUGGAAACAAAACAACAAUUACUGAAGAUAUUGAAAAUAUGCCUAAUCAAGAAGUAAACCUAACAUUACCUGUAUUAAUCUCAACAAACUACUACAAAAAGGAAAAUUUAAAUUGUAUUGAUGCAUUAUCUAGCAAACAAAAUACAAAAAUUGAUGUAGAAAAAGACACAAGAGAAGAUCUUAAGGAAUCUAAUUCUGUUCAUCUCUCAAAAAUAUCAAAACUACAAAAAAUAUCACAUGUGUCUAAUAAUUUAAUGGAUUAUGAUUAUGAUUGUGCAGUGAAAAAUGAACCUGAAAGUGAUAAUACUUAUUGGCUAGACAGUGAGACUGAUUAUAAAAGUGAGAAAGAUACAUGUAUAACAACAUCACAAGACACUAUGCUUGAACAAAAUGAUAUACAAGAUGAAAAUGAUAUAUAUAAAUCUUGUUUAAAAUAUGUAUGUAAAUUAUGUGGUGCUCGCUAUCUUUCACACUUAAAAUAUGAAUUUCACAUGGAAAGACACAAGCUAGGUAAAAUAGAUAAAUAUGAAUGUACAUUAUGUGAUAAAGAAACUAGUAAUGAAAACUUAUUAUGGGAUCAUUAUUUUCACACGCAUAAGAGUUUGCAACGUUAUAUUUGUGUAGAGUGUGGAAAAUUAUUUACAAAACGAACUAGAUUGAAUGGACAUCAAAAAAAUUAUAAACAUUCUGGUGUAAAACAAAUACAAGUUGGUACUAGUGAAGAUACUAUUAGUGAAGAUGUCAUACAAAAAGCUAUAGCAACAACAAAACAGGAGAAAGUAUCUAUAAAUUGUAAUCUUUGUGGUAAACUAAUUUCAGACUUAGAUCCAGAUGCUAUUAAUGACUUAGUUACAUGUGCUACUUGUGAAGAUUCUACACUUUCUUUAAUGAUAGAUGGAAAUGAGACAAAAGUAAUUUCUCCACGUCAAUAUCAUUGUUCUAAGUGCCCCAAACAUUUUGUACGAAAAGAAAGACUAGAAUUUCAUGAAAUGAGGCAUAAUGAAAAUAUGAAUGAAUUCAUUUGUAGUACUUGUGGAAAAGAUUUUAGAGCAGAAAAUUCUUUAUAUGAACAUUACCUCUUUGUUCAUAAAGGAGCAAGACCUCAUAUUUGUGAACUAUGUGGUAAGUCAUUUCAGUUAAAAGCUAGAUUAAAAGAACAUCAUCGAAUUCAUACAGGUGAGAGACCAUAUCAAUGUGAUAUCUGUGGUCAACGAUGUAGAACUACAAACGCUUUAAAGCUUCAUAGAAAAAUUCAUUUUUCUCAUAACAGAUAUACUUGUAACGUAUGUAAUAAGUCAUUUAGUAAAAAGCAAAAUAUGAAUGAACAUUUAGAGAAGCAUUGGAAAAAUGAUAAAAGUGUAACAUUACCACAAUUAUUUACAUGUCCAAUUUGUGUAGAAGAUUUUCCAACCUACCGUAUGUUAAAAUAUCAUAUGGUACAAAUUCAUGAAAUAAACAAUCAGGAUCCAAUUUUGAUAAAACAAAAACCAUGGUAUGAAUGUGCAGAAUGUCACGAGAAAUUUAAACAUCAAAUGUCUUUAAAAGCACAUAAAGAGAGAGUACAUGAAGGAAGAGUAGACCCUAUUUAUCAGUGUGACAUAUGUAAUGCAACAUAUAGAGUAAAACAACUUUUAGUAAAUCAUAUUAAAAGUAAACAUGAUGGUGAGAGACGUUAUAAAUGUGCUCAAUGUGAAAAAGGAUUUAAUGACACUAAAUCUUUAUAUAAUCAUGUAUUAUUACAUACUGGAAAAAAACCAUUUGUUUGUGAAUAUUGUAAUAUGAGUUUUAGAAGAAAAGACUCAAGAGAUCAUCACCGUAGAAAACAUACUGGUGAACAACCUUAUCAGUGUCCAGAUUGUGGUGAAUCAUUUUCUACCUAUAAUAAUCGAUCUAAACAUCGAAAGAAAGAACACGGAGAAGGAGAUCCAGAGUGCCCAGAAUGUGGAGAAAAAUGUAGUAAUCAACAAGAAAUUAGAAUACAUUUAAAUAAACAUCUGGGAGAGAAAUUAAAAAAAUUACAAAAUAUAAAAUCUGAGUAGAUAUAAUUUAUGAAUUAUAUUAAUUAUAAUUAUAUUAUAAUUAUAAUUAUAAUUUAUGAAUUAUAUCUACUCAAACAAAAAUACAGUGAAACUACAAUUAUGCAAUUUCUAAAUUAAAAUUGCACUAGUUAAUUAUAAUUAAUAGAUUAUUUUAUUUACAAAAAUGUAUUUAUUUUAAUUAUUUUAUACAUUUACAAAUGCAAUUUAAAAUUAAAAGAGCUGACUAAGAACGUGGAGUAGCAUCUAAUUUUUUACUAUUUCAUUAUUACUUAAAUUAUUUUCAUUAAUUUUAUUUUACUUAAAUAAUUAAAAACAGGAAUUUCUUUAUCUUUCUUCCAUAAA